CCCACCAUCAAUUUACACUGUAGUACGCGCUGGAGCUUAAAUUCCUUCUCGCCCAAUUCUAAUGGCGUAAUUCACUUUCUGGGCUUCCUUUCACAGUUCCUCCUCUAAUUCCCCCUUCCAGAAUGGCUGAAGCAGUCGAGAAGAGGGUGAUGGUGGCCAUAGACGAGAGCGAGUGUAGCUACUAUGCCCUCAUCUGGGUGCUCGAAAAUCUUCAACAAUCCCUAGCCGAGUCCCCCCUUUUCGUCUUCACGGCUCUUCCUCCGCCCACGAUUUACACCUUCGGCGCUGGUGCUGCUGCAUCGCUUGGCCUUGCGCGCACGUAUUGUCACGUUACAUCCAAUACGGAGUUGGCUAAUUCGAUCCAAGAGAAUGACAAGAAAGUCAGAUGCGCCCUCCUUGAGAAAGCAAAGGAUAUAUGUGCUGAAAGAGGGGUGGCUGCUAUAUCAAUCACAGAGGUUGGGAAUCCUGGAACAACCAUAUGUGAUGCAGUUGAAAAGCUCAAUAUAAAUAUGCUUGUCUUAGGUGAUCGUGGCCUUGGGAGAAUUAAGAGAGCUCUUAUAGGGAGUGUGAGCAACUACUGUGUUCAAAAUGCCAAGUGUCCUGUCCUUGUUGUGAAGAAACCAUAGUAAUUAAAGGUUUGAAUGACUUUGGAGCUGCUUGGGAGUCUUUUCUUAAAAAUAGCUUUCUACUUCCGUUUCCAAGCUAAUUUUUACGAAUUGUGAUCUGAUGAUCCAAUGGCUUGUAAAAGAUAAGAUUGUUGUGUACUUGAUAUCAUCAUUUACAAAUUCAGGACAAAAGGACUACUUUGGUGCUCUGGAAAAUGGGUCAUCUGCCAAAACAAUUCUUAAAAGAUAGUUAACUAAACAUGUUUUUAUUGAAUUUCUAUUCUUAAAAGAGGGAAAACUGUUUCCCAAUAUAGCUCCAUUAUCUCUUUACAUUUGUAUAAUAUGACAGAAAUUUAAUGUGCUAUUCAACUCCAAUUCUUGGAUGGG